AUGGCCCAGGAACCGGGCCUUUUCUCCGUCCGCCGCCAGACUCUGGCGCCCGUGAACAACAACAUGACGUCGAUUCCCAUGCCGUCGUCCGCCAUGAAGCGAUCGAGUUCCGUCCACGGAAUGCAGCAGGCCGCCGUGCCUUUCACAGCGAACCACGCUCGAUCGCAGUCCGGCUCCAGAAUGUCGCUCGCCCCGGGCCGCCCAAGCCAGCCUAUUUUCCAGCGCUCCUCGUCCGGUACAAAUCUCGCUGAGCAGGGCCUCCAGUCAGCUCAUCGUAAUUCUACAAGCAACAUGUUCAGCGCGAGCAGCACGGGAGCCAGAAAGAGCUUCGCGCCUCGCGCUUCCCUAUUUCAGGCGACACCAGCACCUGCCCCAAACUUCCAACAAGAGUCGCAACGAAGAAGUAGUGUUUUUAAGUCGCGAAACUCCCAGAUUCCCGGGCAGAGCGGCGUUAAGCAGUCGUUCUUCCAGACCGCACCACAACCAGCUGGCGUCCCAAAUGAUCCGCGACGAUUAAAGGAUGCUAGCACUCGGCAACAGCUGGCCAACGAGUUGCUGGACUAUCUUACACAGAACAACUUCGAGAUGGAGUCCAAGCAUGUGCUGUCUCCAAAGUGCAUGUCUUCGCCGACACAGAAAGACUUCGUCAGCAUGUUCCAAUGGCUCUACCAUCGCAUUGACCCCUCAUACCGCUUUCAAAAAUCCAUCGACCAAGAGGUUCCCGUGCUUCUCAAGCAGUUGCGCUACCCAUACGAAAAAUCGAUCAUGAAGUCACAACUCGCAGCUGUUGGCGGUAACAACUGGCCGACAUUUCUGGGGCUGCUCCACUGGAUAAUGCAGCUAUCUAAGAUGAUCAACGCGUACGAGCAAGGCUCCUACGACGACGCAUGUUUCGCAGCUGGCCAUGAUGUCUCAGGAGACCGAAUUAUAUUCGAUUUCUUAUCAGACGCCUAUGCCACAUGGCUUUCUGCGGAUGAUGUCGAUGAAGGCGAAGAUGAAGAGGAGGCACAGCGCAAGAUCAUCGAACCGCACAUUCAGUCCAUGGCUCGCAAGUUCGACGAGGCCAAUGCCCAGCAUAUAGAGGAGGUCAAGCUGUUGGAAGCAGAGCACAAGACGCUACAGGAUCAAAUAGACAAGCUGUCCGAGGCUGGACCUCGUAUCCAAGAGUUGACAGGCCAGAUCAAGACUCUUGAGGACGAUCGCACGAAGUUCGAAGCUUACAACAACUCUCUCGGCCAACGCGUUCAGAAGUACACUGACCGGAGCACCCUCCUCCAACAAGAGAUGGACAAGAUCGAAGCCGAACUUGCGGCGUCAGAGCAAGAGCGACAGGAAUUGCAAGCCGUCAUUGACGGCCGCGGGAUGAACAUCACAGACAUCGAUCGCAUGUCUUCCGAAAAAGAACGUCUCGAUGUUUCUCUUCAGACUGCCUCCGCCCGCGUCGAAGAAUCCAAGAAGCGCGUUGUAGAGAAGGAACUCGCUGCUUCUCGUAAACUAGACGAGCUUGAACACACAAUUGAGCGCUUUAACAACAUAGGCUACCAGAUUGGUGUCAUACCAUCCACAGCUGCGAACGCCAAAGGCCUUGAAUAUGAGCUCGUCCUCACCAUCAACGACGGGCCAAACUUUUCGGGUAGUCAAAUGGGUUCCUCAGCGCGAGAAGCUUCGGAUCGUCUGCUCGCAGACAGUGGCACGGGGUACUCACCACACCACCUACUCAACCUAGACCUACGUGGCACCGUUAAGUCCAACAUCCUUGGCCUUCGUAAGGAGAUUGCUGAACGCCGAAAUGCUGCGCUCGAAGCCGAUAUGAGCAACCACGACAUGCUAGACAAGGUCAAAGAAGCCAUCGAUGAUAAGCAGGCCGAGGUCGAGGCGCUGGGACACCGCGUUGCGCAGGCAGAAGAGGAGCUCGAGAAGCUACGCGAGAUCACGAAUACGCAGAAGAUAGCGUCUGACGCGCAAAUUGAGAAGAUGGAGAAGGAGCUUGGAAGGAUGCGGAGCGGGCUCGGCGAGAGCGUGCAGUUGAUGGUACAGAAGGAAAUGGCUGUCAAUAUUGAGUACGAGCAACUCCAACUUCGCGCCAAUACAUUACGCGAGGAGCUCCACACGGAAAUCGAACGCAUGCUCGACGACAUUGUGCGCUUCAAGCUGCACAUCCAGAAGUCUUUGGAGGAGUACGAGGAGUUCGUCAGUGACGAGGUAGAGAGGAGCUGUGAAGAAGAGGAUCAGCUACGCGACGUCGACGAUGCUGACGUGGCGUAG